AUGGCAAAAAAUAUAUUUGCGUCUACUUUGGCUGGUACCGGUGCAGGAAUUGUUGAAGUUUUAGUUGCGCAGCCAACUGAUGUAUUAAAAACCAGGAAACAUUGUAUAGAGGUACAAUACCAUCCAUGUGUAUUAGUUUCAUUACAAUAUGCAGGUUUUGCAAUGUUUAGACCAAUUUUUGUUGAUAUGGAAACUAAAAGACUUACUCCACUUGGAAGUUCAUCUGCUUUAACAGGUGUUUGUACAGGUGUAUUACAAUCUAUUACAUUAGUCACUCCUUUAGAAUUAAUAAAAAUAAGACAACAAACUGACAUAAGUAAGAAAAAAUACAAAGGGAUGAUUUCCACAAUUGGAAUAAUAGUUAAGGAAGAAGGAAUAUUCGCAUUAUAUAAAGGUCUUUUACCUACAAUAUUUAAACAGUCUUGGGGAUUGGGAAUAAAGUUUUCUGCUUAUACAGCAUUUAAAGAUUUAUUUCUAUCUUAUAAUGAUAAUCAUUCGGCAUCGUAUCAACAUGCAGCAUCUGGUUUUCUAGCAAAUGUUAUUGUCGGCAUCUUGAAUUCUCCACCUGAUGUUGUAAAAACUAGAAUGCAAGAUCAAUCCUCGCUUUACAAAACUAGUUGGAACUGUUGUAAAUUGAUGCUUAAAGAGGAAGGAUUCCUUGCUUUUUUUAGAGGUGCUUGGCUGAGAGUGUUAAGAGUUGCUCCGGGAGGCGGAAUACAAUUCAUGACUUAUGAAUAUUUAUUAAA